GUUCCCGGUCCUGCGCGUGCGCGUGCGUGUGCGUGUGUCCUCUCCUCUCUGCAGUCGGACUCUGUAAAAACCAAAAACGUCUUUGUUGUUCUGGUCGACCUUCGGAGCAACCCACGCGGAUCUUCAGCUGCACCAGAGGAGUCGGACCUGUUUUUUAUGUUUGUUUUGUUCUGUAUCUACUGGACCAGAACCAGAACCAGAACCAGAACCAGGAGCGGAGCCGCCUUCUGUCCUCCCGGCUUGAGGAGCCGCGCUCGGCUGAACUCAGGACCAUGUCCCUCUCAGCUCCUCCUCAGGAGGACCACCUGACAUGAAUAACUGAUUUGUGAGGACGCAGCGCCCCCUGCUGGACUCAUGCAGCAGGCCAUGGCUGAUCCCAGUUAUUCCGACCUCAUUGCCAAACACUACAACUACACCGGAAAGUUCCGUAAGACGACCCAGCAGGACUCCGGUCUGAAGGCCGACUCAGUGGUCUUCAUCAUUGUGUGUUGCUUCAUCAUCCUGGAGAACGUCCUGGUCCUGACCACCAUCUGGAGGACCAAGAAGUUCCACAAGCCCAUGUACUACUUCAUCGGGAACUUGGCGCUGUCGGACUUGCUGGCAGGUGUCGUCUACACCGCUAACAUCCUCCUGUCCGGCGCCAACACCUACAAGCUGACGCCAACGCAGUGGUUCUUCCGGGAGGGCAGCAUGUUUGUGGCACUGGCGGCGUCCAUCUUCAGCCUGCUGGCCAUCGCAAUCGAGCGCCACCUCACCAUGCUGAAGAUGAAGCUGCACAACAACGGGAACACUUGCCGGGUUUUCCUACUCAUCAGCACCGUGUGGAUGAUUGCGGCGGCGCUGGGCGGGCUGCCAGUGAUAGGGUGGAACUGCAUCGACCGCAUGGUGCAGUGCUCCACCGUGCUGCCACUCUACCAUAAGACCUACAUCCUGUUCUGCACCACCGUCUUCAGCAUCAUCCUCAUGGCCAUCGUGGUGUUGUAUGCCCGGAUCUAUGCCCUGGUCCGCGCUCGCAGUCGCAAGCUUGUCUUCCGCAAAGUCUCCAACGGGCGGGGCGGCACCAGUGCCAACAGCAAGAGCUCAGAGAAGUCCCUGGCACUGCUGAAGACCGUCAUCAUUGUUCUGAGCUGCUUCAUUGCCUGCUGGGCGCCGCUCUUCGUCCUUCUGCUGCUGGACGUGGCCUGUGAGACUCUGACCUGUCCCGUCCUCUACAAGGCCGAGUGGUUCCUGGCACUCGCCGUACUCAACUCUGCCAUGAACCCGCUCAUUUACACGCUGACCAGCAACGAGAUGCGCCGAGCAUUCCUUAAGACACUAAUGUGCUGCACCUCCUGCAUCCGCCGGAAGCCCAAGUUCACGGGUCCGAUAAUGGGGGCGGAGUUUAGCCGCAGCAAAUCAGAUAACUCCUCCCACCCCAACAAGGAGGAGGCGGAGUAUUCUCCUCGGGAGACCUCAGGGAAUGUCACCUCGUCAUCGUAAACAAACUUUGUGAACCCAACUUCCGUUCAAUCAGAACUCUCAGAACUUUAGAGCUUUGCAGGCUGGUUUAACUGGUACCAGUUAGGUUUCCAGUGCGUUUGUGGCUCAGAGCAUUCAGAUGGUUCCUGCUCCAAGAUGCUGCAUGUGGGUUCUUGUGACUCAGGGUCAAGACCGGGUCUGAUCAGAACCGGGUUCAGCACGUCAACCUUUCUCAUUAAACAGAACUUUGAUCCCACAUGAGUCACAGAAUCCGGGGCCACUGAUGAAGGAACAGAACUUCACCCAGAACCAAGAACCGGACCUUCUACUUACCUUCUAAGAACAACUAGAACGUGUAGCACUUAAACCCCCAACCGUCAAAUAUUUAAGGAAUUAAUUCAGUCAAAUGUGUUGAUUUUGUUCUUCUUUUGUCUUGAAAACACUCGUGAAUUCAGAGCUGAGCUGAUCUUCUGCCCUUUAGAUUAUUUUUAUUCAAAAUCGGUGAAAAAGGUUUUGUCACGGCUAUUAUUUCGUUAUAAAGUCCCACAAACACGAGGAAAAAGCUGUUUAAAGAGCAAGUCACCCCCUACCAGAGUAUUACUCCACUCCCACUUCCUGUUUGAAAAAUGCAACAAAUGCUGUUGCCUAGCAGACCGAGAGGGCGGAGCCGCAAAGAAAUACACACACACACAGGCUCACAACGACAUUGUGACAUCAUAUGGUACCAGCUAACGUUCUAGGGUACCACUUGGCCAAUAGCGAUGGCAGAUUUAAAUUCAAAUGCAGUGCAGAGUUUUUACCUGACAACGUCACAACACUGACAGUUUUAGGCAGAAAAUUUAAAUUUUAACUAAAAUGCACUAAAGUGCAAAACUGUUCACGACACGUGUCUGCAGCAGGAUUAGGCACGCAUUUAUAUAGUUUAUCAGAAAAAAUAGAUUUGGGGGUGACUUGCUUGAAAACGUUGUUGCAUUGAUCACAUAAUAGUAGAAUUUAAGGUUGAAGUCAUUUUAAACUGAAAUCAUUUGUCAUUUCAAAAGAAACCGUUAAAGGCAUGUGCCGUUAAUAGAUGCUUUACACUUUUAAAUCAAAAGUGCAACACUAAAUGGCCACUUUUGAUUAAUUAAAAUAUAUUUUAGCCCAAAAAAGAAUAGUUAAUUCAUUUCUACAUUUCUAAAUGUGCAAUGAUUUAGUUUGAUAUUUAAAAAAACAAAAUAUUUUUGUUAUUUUUUUCUUCCUUUGGGUGAAAUUUUCAGCUGUUGAAAACUUCUGAGCGUAAUUUUUUUUUAUAAUUGACUUUUUUAUUAGCUGAACUCUGAAUUUGUGAGUUAUUUUCCUGAUUUGUGUAAAUGUAGAAAAUUAAUGUCCAGUUGUGUUUUUGUGUUGUCUGUAGUGACCUUUGUCUAGUUUUAUUAAUUUAUAUCUGAAAACAGAAAAAGAAAAACUGUUCUUGAGAUUAAAAAAACCUUCUGUUCAGCUGAGUCUCAGAACUACGGAAGCCCAUUUGGUACAUAAACGACAAAUAAAAACAACAAAGCUUUUAUUGAUCAGUAAAAAACAUUUAAAUGUUUCCCAUAACAAGUUUUUUUGAUUUGAAAUACGUUUUAUCUAAUCGGAGCCUAAAUGAAUCUGUUUUUUUGUUAUGAUUGUAAAACUUUGUAGAACAUUUGGCAACAGUGGGCUUCUGCAGUGGAGCAGUUUGUUGCCAUGGUGAUCACCAACCUUUGGCUUCCUCAUGUUCUACAUCAGGUGGAUUUUUAUGUAAUGGAAUGAUUAAUUAUUUUUUACGUGUUUUCUGCCUAAAGUCUGUUUGUUUUUCUGCACCUUUUAACUCCUGAAUGUUUGCUUUUUAGCCUUUAAUAAAUGCAGGAAUAGAAACAC